UCUUAAGCGUUUUCAAUACUAUGUUCACAGUCAUUGAAGAAACCUACAAUUUCCAAAAAUAUUUUUUUCAUGUAGAGCCACGUAGAGCUGUCAGCAGAAUCCAGAAUAAAUGUAAAUAAACUACAUAAUUAACGAUCAGCUGACUGGCGUAGGCUUAUGCACUUUAGCACGUCAUAAUAAAACUACCGAAAAAAUAAUUGCACAUAUUUUAUAUUUGAAUGGAAAAAAAUGUUAGUCGGUAGAGCAACAACACGUCUGGUUUACAAAUUCCUUUUGUCCAUGAAUAAUUCAAAAGGAUAUCAAACUAAUGUUAAAGAUGCUCUCCUAGAAGGCCUAUGUUCUACAUCAAAUGGAAACAGAUGUACGAAAACACUAUAUAAAUACAAUAUAUCACCACUGUUGGUGCACAGUAGUCAACAUUUUUCAAAUGAAGCAAAAGCUGCUAAGACAGAAGACACUGCAAGGCCUGCGUCAAAGGUAGUAAUGGAUGAUCCAAAAACUGUCAUUGAAGAACCUAAUGACACAAAAAAACUUACAAUGAAAGAUAAGCUAAAAAAGGCUGUUAAAGAAUAUGGAUCAACUGUGAUAGUUUUUCAUGUUAGCAUUUCACUUGUCUCUCUCGGUACCUGCUAUUUCCUAGUGUCAACUGGUUUGGAUGUAGUUCAUGUUUUGCAAGCAAUAGGACUCCAAGAGUGGGCUACAAAAAGUCAAGUAGCUGCAAAUGCAGGAACUUUUGCUGUAGCAUAUGUAAUACACAAGGCUUUUGCUCCAGUAAGAAUCACAAUCACUUUGGGUUCUGUACCUUUUAUUGUACGAUACCUGCGUAAAGUAGGUUUCCUCAAAAAAAUAUGAAGUGAGCAUUCCUUUUAAAUAUAAAACUUUCAUCUAUUAUUACAUGCUACAAGGUUUUAUAUGGGUUAUGGAUAUAAAGUAUAAAGGGUGGCCCAUCCAUGUGUGGACGGAAGCUUACUUAUAAACAAAUACAUUUUGGGAAAAUCUAUUUCUAAAAUAUAUAUAAUAUAUAGGGUGUCCUAAUUUUGACCUACAUAUCAAAGUUGUGAUUUUUUAAAUGAAAUACCUCAAAUUUUUGCUUUUUACUCAUACAGGGUGGUCAAAAACGCGAAUUGUACUUUUUCUCAAAAAUUUCAAAUGUAUCACCCUGUAUAUUUGUGCAAGUUUGGAUUCAAUUUGAUAUAAGCUUUUUUUGGUAUAAGGUUUGAUUCAGAUAAAAUCACUAGAUUUUGAGUUAUUAAGCUUUUAAUAGAACACCACGCCAAAAUUAAGGAAAAAAUCAGAUCAUCCAUGGAAGCAAAAGACAAACAGUGGGCUAGUUCCAUAUUGCCACUAAGAGUACAGAUUUGACAUAAAAACUAAUAACAAUCAGAACAGUAUACAAAAUCAGCUUCAAGCGUAAUAGAGAAAAACAACUAUAACAACAACAUAAACAAACAACUAUCACUACUCAAGACCUAAUCUACAAAAACUGCUCGAAAUUAUCUCCACCAUUGCACAUCCGUCAGCAUGUGUUCCCUUAUGUUCAGAAAAGCAUCCUUAAUCCUUCCCUUCGUAUUUUCCGGGGCAGAUGGUGGAUAUCUAUUGCUUGCUUAAUGUAGCCCAAUAGAAGAACUCCAUCGGUUCAUAUCUGGUGAUAUAGGAGGCCAAGAUAUAGGGCCAUCACGACCGAUCCAACGAUUAUUACUCCAGGUGUCCAAAUAGUUACGUACACGAUUAUGAUAAUGCGCAGGUGCGUCGUCAUGUUGGAAGUACAUAUGGACAAAUGCUCCAUCAAAAAAUUCAAGUAUUCUAUACCUGUUAAUCUGUUGUCGAAGAAGAAAGGCCCGAUAACUUGUCUGCCAAUAACUCCUCCCCAAACAUUCAAGCUCCAUUUAUUUUGGAAAUCUAUUUGCCUAACCCAGUAAGAGUUUUCCGUCGCAUAAUAGUGCAUGUUAUGCCUGUUGACAACACCUAUGCUGUUAAAAGUUGCCUCAUCGCUAAAAAGAACCUUAUCCGGGAAAGUAGUGUCUUCACUCACUUUAUUUAGCAUUAUCCUGACAAACUCCAUUCGAGCUGCGAAAUCCUGAGGACGAAGGCCUUGAUGCACAGGUGGAUGGUACCCAUACUUGUGAAUAAUCCUUUGGACAGAAUUUCUGCUCCAAUUUGCCGUGCACUUAAAUGGGGAUUUUCCUGCAACCUUAAUAGAACCUCCAACUGAUUCACCUCAUUGGUGACACUUGGAUUAUUUAUACAUUUUUUACUAUAUUCCACUGCUCCACUCGAUUCAAAACGUUCACGUAGUGUGUAAAAUCUUUCCGGCCUUGGAUGUCGCAUAUUAGGGUAUCGUUGCUUAUAAAUGCGAGAUGCUAGGAAACUAUUUCUUUGGGCUUCGCCCAAAACGAACAAAAUAUUCACCUUCUUUAGAAAAAUUCAUUUUCAAAUACGUUAUUAUUAUAAUGUUCACAAAGCUAAUUUUUACAGUUUAUAACUAAUCAACAAUUUAUUUGUUUCCAAGGAUGAUGCAAUAUUUUAGGGAAUUAAGCCAUUCCAUAAAAGACGUGCUUAUAACAGAAAAAAUAGCCGUAAAAACCCUUAUGUGUCUAGUAUCAAAAAAGGUUAUAAAAAAUUGAAUCCAAACUUGCACUAAUAUACAUGGGUGAUGCACUUGAAAUUUUUGAGAAAAACUACAAUUGGCGUUUUUGACCACCGUGUAUGCGCAAAAAUGAAAAUUCGAAAAAGUAACAAAUAGGAUAAAAGCUGAGGUGUGUAAGUUUUUUUUGACACAAAAUUCAGCACUCCAAAUUUCAAAAUGGCGGACUGAGGGGUUGCCGAAGUGGACUGUUUUUCUGGACAAAACACCUUACAUCUCAGUAGCUAAUUAUCAAAACCCCAUAGUAUGUUAUAUCAAUCUUCUUCUUUUGAAUUGGUUUCUACAAAUAUGCAAUACAAUUUGAGGCGUUCCAUUAAAAAAAUCACAACUUUGAAAUGUAGGUCAAAAUUGGGACACCCUGUAUAAUUGAUAAUAUUUUAGAAAUGUGCCCUCAAAUGUUAUGUAUAACAAGCCAUAAAUAGAUUUUCCCAAAAUGUAUUUGUUUAUGAGUAAUAUUCCGUCCACGCCUGGAUGGGCCACCCUGUAUAUUGGGCUGAUUGGUGUGAUACUAUUUUUAUGUAAAAUAAAAGUUAUAUAUAAUUUUUUUAUUUCAUUUUAAUAGACUGAAUAACGCAACAUGGUUAAGAGUAAAAGUAAAUAAGUAUAAAAUCGAAAAGUUUAACAAAGAAUAGAUGAAUAAUUGUACCUAUAUACAGCCUAAAAUAUAGCCACUCUGUUAUAGGACUCCAUUGUCUGGCUAAAUCAAACUAUCAUGGUGGCCAAAACAUACAAUAAACAGGAAUUUAAAAAUAUAUGUGGUUUGAUUUGGCCAGACAAUGAAGUCCUGUGAGCAUGAAAAAUCACAGGGUAAGUUUCAGAAGUUACAUCAGCCACUGUAUUGUUUAACACGUUCGCGGACAGUACGACUAUAACUGUCAUAUUGUUUUCCCUAAUAUAGGACAUGGCGGUUAUAGCAGUAAGGUCUAUUUCUUUUAAUAAAGGCACGACGGCUUGAACCGUCCAAAUUCCAUGUACAUUGAUGGAUUAGCCAACUAAAUGUCCUGCUGGACUAUACGCCAAUCAGAAAAAUGCC